AUGAAGGCCCUCUCCACCUUUGUCGGCACAUCUCUGCUGGCCCUUGGCCUCAUGGGCCCGGAGGUUCUGGGUGCUGCCACGGUCCAGACGUCUGCCGCUACUGGCGGCAGCGACGUCUCGGCCGCGGCCGACAGCACAUGGUGGUUCGCCAACAUCGAGCGCACCGGCAAGGUGCCCUUCGGCUCCGUGGCGGACGACUACCCCAUCUUCCGCAACGUCAAGGACUACGGCGCUACCGGUGACGGCUCGACCGACGACACGGCCGCCAUCAACAAGGCCAUCACCGACGGCGGCAACCGCUGCGGCGAGGGCUGCGACUCCACCACCACCACGCCCGCCCUGGUCUACUUCCCCGCCGGCACCUACAUGGUGUCGGCCCCGCUGGUGCAGUACUACUACACGCACAUGGUGGGCGACCUCUCCGACCUGCCGACGCUCAAGGCCACCGCCGACUUCGAGGGCAUGGCCGUCAUCGACGCCAACCCCUACGGCGACCAGAACAGCAACUGGUUCACCAACCAGAACAACUUCUUUCGCCAGAUCCGCAACUUCAAGAUCGACCUGACGGGCAUGCCCAUGUCCAAGGGCGCCGGCAUCCACUGGCAGGUGGCGCAGGCCACGUCGCUGCAGAACAUCCAGUUCGACAUGGUCCAGGACGACAGCCCCGAGAAUCAGCAGCAGGGCAUCUUCAUGGAGAACGGGUCGGGCGGCUUCAUGACCGACCUCGUCUUCAACGGCGGCAACUACGGCGCCUUCCUGGGCAGCCAGCAGUUCACGGCGCGCAACCUCGAGUUCAACAACUGCAAGACGGCCAUCUACCAGGUGUGGAACUGGGUCUGGAACUUCCACGGCCUCACCGUCAACGGCUGCGGCGCCGGGCUCAACCUGACGUCGGGCGACGCCGGCGCCCAGAACGUCGGGUCCGUCAUCGUCCAGGACGCCAAGUUCUCCAACACGCCCGUCGGCAUCCUGACGCUGUACGACCCGGACCAGACCGGGUCCAACGGCACCCUGAUCCUCGACAACGUCGACUUCUCGGAGCAGGUGCCCGUGGCGGUCAAGAACUUCGGCACGGACAGGACCGUCCUGGAGGGCAACCAGGUCGUGGCCUCAUGGAUCCAGGGCCGCACCUACAAGGGCGCCACCGGCUCGUCGGUGCAGGCCAUCCACGCCGGGGCGGCGGCCAAGCCCGACGCCCUCCUCGGCGACGACGGCAAGAUCUUCACGCGCAGCAAGCCGCAGUACGCCGACGUGGCAGCCGACAAGUUCAUCUCGGUCAAGUCCAACGGCGCCAAGGGCGACGGCACCACGGACGACACGGCCGCUAUCCAGAAGACGUUCGACAGCCUGGCCGACGACGAGAUCGCCUUCUUCCCCCACGGCGCCUACAUCGUCACCGACACGGUCAACGUGCCGCCCAACAUCAAGGUGGUGGGCGAGAUCUGGCCGCUGAUCAUGGCCGGGGGCGACACCAACUUCAAGGACCAGGCCAACCCCAAGCCCGUGUUCAAGGUCGGCAAGCCCGGGGACGUGGGCGCGGUGGAGAUGUCGGACCUGAUGCUCGAGACGCAGGGCCCCCAGCCGGGGGCCAUCCUGAUGGAGUGGAACGUCGAGGGCACCGAUAAGGGCUCCACCGGUCUGUGGGACGUGCACUUCCGCGUGGGCGGGUCGGCCGGCACCGACCUGCAGUCGGACAAGUGCUCCAAGACGCCCAACUCGACAACGACGGCCAACCCGGAGUGCGAGGGCGCCUUCCUGAUGAUGCACGUGACCAACUCGUCCACCAUCUACAUGGAGAACACGUGGCUGUGGGUGUCGGACCACGAGCUCGACCUGGCCGACCACAACCAGAUCAACAUCUACAACGGCCGCGGCUUGCUGAUCGAGUCGACCAAGGCGGCCUGGCUGUUCGGCACCGCCUCCGAGCACUCGGUCCUGUACAACUACCACCUCCAGGCCGCCCGGAACGUCUACAUGACCGUCAUACAGACCGAGACGGCCUACUUCCAGUCCAACCCGGACGCCAACACGCCCUUCAAGGUCAACGCGGACUACUACGACCCCGACUUCUCUUCCUACUGCGGCGACGCCGACAAGACCUGCCCCAAGACCUGGGGCCUGCGCAUCCACGACUCGAGCGACAUCCUCUUCUACGGCGGGGGCAUGUACUCCUUCUUCGAGAACUACGACCAGGACUGCCUAGAGACCGAGGACUGCCAGGUCCACAUGGUCGACAUACAGGGGUCCGACGUCGGGCUCUACGGCGUCAGCACAAAGGCCAGCGCCAACAUCAUCUCCAGCCAGGGUAAGGGUAUCGUCCAGGUUCAGGAUAACAUGAACAUGUUUUGUGCUACUCUCGCAUAUUUCGAGAUGUCGUCUUGA